UUACUCUUCAAUCAAUACGACUUUGUUGUAGACCUACCACACAGCUUUAAUAUUGUGUGUCAGAGGAGGAUUAGAAAAAUAUAUGAUCUCUCAAUUCAUCAUGCUCUACCCAACCCUCUUUUAUUCCACAUGUUAACCAAUUUUUUUUUUUUUUUUUUUCAUAUGGUACAUGUUAAAUCACCCAAGUGACCCAACAGUUAUCUUUUCUAUAGUGGGGUUUGCAGGUGAAUAUGCAAAACCAUCUUGAAACCUUCGAUGAUACUCCAUUUGAUUCCUCAGUUAUUCGAUGAUCGAUCAUCAUUCGGUUACUAUAAAAACCCUAAUUUUCAGAUCUCGAAGCGGUGGCAUGUCGGUCAUUCUCACCAUGAUCAAACCAGUGAAGAAAGCGACAAGAUUUUCUGGCUUGGUUUGUCCACCGGAAAAGUGUUGACCGGUUAUCUUUCCGGUAGCACUGCUGAUGCUGCUCAUGCUCUCUCCGAUGUGGUAGUGAUUAAAAUGUUUGACACUUCGCUUGAAGAACCACCACAGAAACGAUUGGAGGUUGAGGACAAUCGCCGGAGAAAAGUUUUCAGGGAUAGGGAUUAUCGAAUAAGGGAUAGUCGUAACCGCCAAGGCUGUUCAUCUUAUAAAUCGAAGGAACCCUAUCACUUACGAAAUCACCACGUCUACACAAUGUCGAAGCCCUCGCUGGUUACAUCCAAGUCUUCUUCAUACGGUAUUAUAGUGCCUUCUUCAUACGGUAUUAUAGUGCGAAGAACAAGGACCUUCAUAAUCGUAGGAUCAAGCGAUCGGGUGGAUACAUUACUUGACAUCACACCACUCCCUCCAGAUGGAAGUCAUGAAAUAGUGCAGUUCAAGCGUUGCAAUGAAACCGUGCCGUUUGAUGAUGGCCUCCCUUAUCAAAAAUUUCGCCUGAUUUUCACAUCGAAUAACGGGUCCGUUGUCACUUCUAGAUACUUGUCUUAUAACGAAAGUGAUCAAGUGUUGAAUUAUGUUGAGGAUGAAAAGACUCAUCAAUCAUCUUUGAAGGUGGCAAGGUUUGUAUUGUGGUGUGACAACUUUCUUCGUAAAGGCUUACCAAAGGCUACAGAAGACGCUGUGAAGGUAAGGAGAUUAGCUAAAGACGACGAAGAUGGAGAGAUUUGUGUAAUUUGUCGCGAUAAAUACCAAGCCGAUCAUACGAUCGGAACACUAGCAUGCAAACAUAGUUACCAUGAGGAAUGCAUCAGAAAAUGGUUGGAUGAGAAGAAACAUUGUCCGAUGUGUAGGAUUCCUGUUUUCCAUUAUUAUUUUUAACUUUUUUAUUUAUUCUCGUUUAACAUUAGAGGUGCUAGUGAGGAUUCUUAGAUUAUUCUGAUUGAUUUAUAAUCAG